AUGAAAGCAAUGGUACUGGAGCAGUUCAACGCUCCCCUGGCCUGGCAGGACGUUCCCGAACCGCAAAUCGGCCCAAGAGACGUGCUGAUUAAGGUUGCAGCUAACGGCCUCUGCGCCACCGAUUUAAAAAUUACCGGAGGCCUGGUGCCCACAGUGCCCCUGCCCCACAUACCGGGCCACGAGGCGGCUGGCGAGGUGGUGGAGGUUGGCGCUGAGGUGCCAGGACUUGAGCCCGGAGACCACGUUACCGUCUAUCCCACCGAGGGCUGCGGCUACUGCGACUACUGUCGCAAGGGCUUCGAGAACUAUUGCGUUACCGCUCCCCGCACCGGAUUUGAGAUUAACGGCGGGUUCAGCCAGUUCAUGCGGGUGUCGGGCCGCAACGCGGUCAAAAUUUCCCCUGAAGUUCCUUGGGAGGAAGCGGCUAUCAUCCCCGAUGCCAUGGCCAGCGUGUAUCACGCCCUUACCCAGAAGGCCAAGGUCCAGGCUGGGGAGACGGUGGUUAUCAUCGGCAUCGGCGGACUGGGAAUACACGCAAUGCAGAUGGCCAGGCUGAUGGGAGCCCGGGUAAUCGCCGCCGACGUGGUGCCGGACAAGCUGCAGGGAGCCGAGCAGUUCAAACCCGACGUGAUCGUCAAUAGCCGGACAGAAUCAUUGCCCGAGAGGGUCAAGGAAUUAACCAACGGCCUGGGUGCCGACGUCGUAGUGGAAGGCGUGGGCGGCGAAGCGGUGGCCGAAAUCCUGCCCGACAGCCUGGCGUGCCUCAAGCUGGGCGGACGACUGGUAAUCCUGGGCUACAACUACGGCAUCCCCCUGGCGGUGGACACGGCUGAUCUGAUUUACGGCCAAUGGAGCAUCCUGGGCACCCGGGCCUCGACCCUCCAGGACGUGGUGGACGUGGUCAAUCUCGUAGAGCAGGGGCGAUUGAAGCCGGUGGUGUCUGAGCUUUACCCGCUGGAACAGGUUGAGCAAGCGUUGGCCCGGCUGCGGGAAGCCCCCCCGCUGGGCAGGAUUGUGCUGCAGUCCGGGGAGUAA